AUUGAGCAACAUUUCAAAGAAGAAGAUGACAUUAAAGCUAAUUCAAGUGAAGAGAUAACAGAUCCAAAGCUGAUCAAACAACAAAAUGAAAUACUCAAAGCUAUAAGAGCUGAACAAGCUAGUAAAUUAGACCAAGAAACAGGAAGAUUACCUGAACAAAAUCUAGAGGGAGCAAUCACUGACGAUUCCUACAACAGAAGGCCAGUUUGUUCUUGGGGGCAUCUUAGGGUCCAUCCUGUUAAUUCACGAUUUUAUGGAACGAAGAGUGACAUACAGCUACCAGCUGCUGAGGCAGUUACUGACUCACACAUUGAGAGCUAUAGUAAUGAAAUGAUGCAAAGGAAAGUACCCAGAGGCACACAUCAAACAAGUCAUAGCACAGAUUCUCCUUCCUCUGUCCCUAUCAGCCAARGUCAAACCAGUACCUCAGACCAAAGCAAAACAAGUCACUUGCMGACUGAAUCAAGGCUGGAAGGGAUGGUAAUAAGCACGAGUGAUGGACACGUUGAGCAACAUUUCAAAGAAGAAGAUGACAUUAAAGCUGAAUUAGAAAGUCAUGUACAAGAAAUCAAUGUAUUGAAAAGAGAAGAUGAUCUAGAUGUAUAUCUUAUGGGUCUUGAGGUUGGAUCCCURGUAGAGGUACCCAUGACUAACAAUAGAAGUCAGUUUGGUGUGAUUCGAUGGAUUGGUAAACUACCAGAUUUAAAAGAUAGAAUUGUAGCUGGUUUAGAGCUGGAAGAAGAGCAGGCUUCAUGUAACGAUGGAGUGUUUCAUGGAAUAAGAUACUUCACUUGUCCUCCUGGAAGAGGAUUCUUUGUUAACUUGGCAAAUUGUAGAAGAGAUUCACGCUUUCUGGAAAAGUCUCUGGUUGAUGUUUCUAAAUAUACAAGCAAAGCAUUUGGCAGUCUUGAUUCACCUAUCGUAGAAGGCACAGUGCCCCCUCCUGACUCCUUAGAUUAUGAACGGCAAGGCAAAAUGAGGGGGAUUCAAGGGCAUCAUAAUUCCUGYUACCUGGAUGCUACACUGUUYGGCAUGUUUGCUUUUACCACUGUCUUUGAUAGUUUACUGUAUAGAAGCAAGACUGAAAGUGAUCUUGAUCAGUAUGAAACAGUUCAGAAGGUCUUAAAGGAUGGUAUCGUAAAUCCUCUAAGAAGUAAUGGUUUUGUAAGAGCAGAUAGAGUUCUUCAGUUAAGAAAGUUGUUGGAUGAACUUGGAUCUACUUCUGGUCUUAUGAAUGAAGAAAAAGACCCAGAGGAAUUUCUUAACACACUUCUUCAACAAGUACUUAAGAGUGAACCWUUACUGAAAUUAAAGAUUCCAAAUAACCGGUGCGAGGAGUCCAACUAUUACCAGAUCAUCACGGAGAAAGAUGAAUCGAUUGUAUUGGCUUCUGUACAGCAACUAGUUGAGCAAUCCUUCUUUUUCUCAGAUCUCAAGCUUAGUGAGGUUCCAUCAUGCAUGAUACUGCAAAUGCCAAGAUUUGGUAAGAAAUACAAGAUGUAUGAUCUAAUUCUUCCAGACCUAAAACUAGACAUAACACACAUCUUGGAAAAUGUUCCACGUGAGUGCUCUGUGUGUGGUUACGUUUCAAGUUAUGAAUGCAAAGAAUGCUACCAGGAAAAAUGUCUGAAACGUGAAAAUGGAAUUUCUAGUUUCUGCAAAGAGUGCAAUACCAGGUGGCAUUCACACAGUACACGAUUAAGCCAUAAACCAACACCCAUCCUCGUACCAAGGGAAUAUAGCAAAUAUGUAUCAGAAUACGAAAGCCAAAGUAAAGAACGCACAACUAUUGAUAAACAAACUAUGGAACUGUUUGCUGUUGUGUGCAUAAACACAAGUCACUAUGUUGCUUUUGUGAAGUGUGGGACAAUGCCUGGAUCAGAGUGGUGUUUCUUUGAUAGCAUGGCUGACAGAAAAGGAGAAAAAAAUGGUUAUAACAUUCCAUCAGUAACACCAUGUCCAGAGGCAUCAAAAUGGCUUAAUGCAGAACCAGAGGAGAUUAUAAGUGCUAAUAAGAAAGGGGAAUUACCUCCUUCUAUGAAAAGACUGUUUGGAGAYGCUUAUAUGUGUAUGUACCAGAAUCUUGAAAUGACCAUGUACAAAUAGACACUACUAAAUUGGAAAAUUGGACCUGCCAAUAGUCURAUGAGUGAUCCUCAAAAGUGGACAAAUAGCUGUGAAUACACCUGCCAGUAGCCUAACAGAUUAUCCUCAAAGAUGGGAAUAGAAUUGAAAAUUACCUAACGAAAAUUCUCCAAAAGUGGACAAAUAGCCUUUGAAAAUACCCUUACAUGUAGUCUUCAAACAUUGACAAUGUGCAAUGGAAAACAUACAACUGCUAAUAACCUCAGUAUACAACUAACAUUAAAAGAACAUUACAUAGGAUUGUUUGCUUUGAGAGUGACAGCUGGUCAUUUUGACGGGCCUUUGACAAUGAUCUAUGCCCAAGGACCUCACUAAAAGAAAGAUAAAACUCAAAAUAAUGUUCUCAUUACAUUUAGCCAUGAAAGUAGUCUUCAAAGGUGGACAAAUGCCCUUGAAAUGACAGCAUGAAUAAGUCAUGAGGUGAAGAAUCACUUGAAUUCAAUAUAAAUGUACAGGUGUUAGACCAUCCAAACUUAACAUACUGAACAAGUCUUUGAAUACAAGGUCCUGUGUAGGGUAGAAAUGCAUUACAAAUAUUUAAAAAUCAAGCUUGCAGUCUUAGUGCUUUGCAAGUCUGUUGUGGUUACCAUGUAGUGACUUCCACAGGCAAUUUCUCCUUGAAACGCAAAAAAGGUAAACCAUUCACUKGAAAGUGAAUCAAACAAUGUAAUGGUWGCUAUACUAGUGUUAAAGAACCCUUGAAGAUCAUGGGAAUAUACCCCAUCUGGAGGACCAAACAAGCCGMUUUGAAGGUUAUAUACAAGGGUUCUAUAACAAAGGACAGUCACCAUUAUCUUACCGUGAAAUAAUUUUAAUUUGUUUUGUUUGAUUUACUAUCUUGGGAAUAGUUCCCAAAGGAAUUGCCUGUAGGAGAGCCUAGAGCAAGCAGUUACAAGAUAAAGUAGAAAAGCUGAAAAAAAUAAAGAACUGAAAACAUAUUAAAGUUAAUUGUUGACUGUA